CUAGCCCGAGUGAGUAGCUGUGCAGCGAGCAAGGCCCAGGCCACGAUCGUGCCAGCACACGCUGCAUAACCAAUCAGGUCGGAGACACCCUGUGCCUGACACCCGAGCAUCAGCGCGCCGGCCCAAAGUGACGACGCUUGGCCCAUUGUGCCCAACCACUACCCUUGCUGCCAUUGCAUUUUAAACCCUUAAGCUCGCUGAGGGGACAAAUCGGGCACAUCUAUUCGCCACGCUCUUCACUCGCCCCUCCAAACGCGUCUUGAGUACUCCAACUCGAGCCUACCGACCAGAGACGCGACGGACCGCGACAACUCGCAACACCAAGGACUCACCUCUGUAUUAUGGACUACGCGCAGUACCCUCCACAGCAGAAUAAUCAGCAAGGCCUACAAGCGUCGCCCGUCAUUGGAUCACAGCAGCAGUCCACGGGCCAGCCUCAACAGCACAACAUGUAUCAAGCACAGUACGGCGUUCCCCAGCAGGGGAUGCAGCAGGUGCCAUAUGGCAUGCCGGGGAUCCAAGCAGCUGCCAUGGCCGCCACCGCUGCGGCCUCUGGGUCCAGCUACCCCUACAUGCAUCAAGAUCCGGCCAUGGCACACACCUCGCCACGGAUGGGCGGCGCCAACCCUAAGAAGGAGGGCAGACCGUCGCCGAGGAUGGGCAACAUGUCUUCGAUGGACCGGCGGAUGAGCCAAGUCACCAGCCCUGGGGUGCCUCCCGGGUCGAUGAUGGGCCAUGGGGGGCCGAGACCUGGCGUCGCGCCGCCCCAGAUGCCCCAAGCGCAAAUGCAACACCCUCAAUCGCCUGAGAUGCCCUCUGGCGCCGUGGAAGAAUCACCGCUGUACGUGAAUGCGAAGCAGUUCCACAGGAUCCUCAAGCGGAGAGUGGCGCGCCAGAAGCUGGAGGAGCAGUUGCGAUUGACCUCGAAAGGCCGCAAGCCAUAUCUGCACGAGUCGCGACACAACCAUGCUAUGCGCAGGCCUCGCGGGCCGGGCGGUCGGUUCCUGACAGCCGACGAGGUGGCGGCGAUGGAGAAGGAGGAGGGCAAGGAGGGCAAGGAGGAUGAGCCCAAGGAGGAGACGGCGGCCACGGGCAACAAACGCAAAUCGCAGGCAGGAUCGGGCGGGUCGAAUAAGAAAGCGAAAACGGACCAGGAGAAUGGGGAGGAGGACCAAGAGUGACCCUCGCCGCGACCGCCCACCCGGAGCGAACGACACGGAUGACAUGACCAAGCAGAUUGCUUCUUACGAUGUCAUGACGGGAGAGACGGCGACAAAGCACGCGGUUGCGUGCAUGGGGCCACGCUGUGGCAUUGAUUGGUGUUGGGCUGGCGAAGCGCGUCCUUGAUGGUUUUUCCUU